UUUCCAUACGUACAAAGGUAAAAUUGACAGUCUACCUCCAUAUCCCAUGGAAGUAGGAAGCAUUGGUCUCCAUAAUGAGGAAAAGCAGUCAUCCAGAGAAAGUGACCCAGCAGUACCACAGGACGUGGAAUUUGUAGAGAAGUUCAGUGUGUUAUAAUUGCAUAUCCCGUAUCCAAGUAGAAGGAGAAAAGAUGGAAUGUGUUGAAUAGAGCCGUGUUUCUGGGUCCAAGUCCCUACCCAUGUCCAUGUGAGCACUGUUGACCAUGGCCCACCUGACUCUCCCACAUCCACCCCAGGUGAACUGAUGAGCAGGGUCACCCAAUGCCACACCCUGUGACUGUUACCUAACCCCACAGGUGGCCCCGAGGUGUAGGGUGCUGGCCACCCAGUACAGCCCUCUGUUCUGUCUGAUGGUCUAGACCUGGCUUUGCUGAGGAUCCUCCAUUUAUCCAUUCUCACUGGCAGAUGUCCCUGAGCAGGGGCAUGAGGCUGGCAGAGGACCAGGUCACCCUGAGGGCACCCCUCUUGCUGUUUGCGCUCUGGGCAUUGCUGGCUCCUGUCCAAGGUUCUCAAGGUCGUCCCUCAUGGCGCUACAUCUCUUCUGAGGUGGUAAUUCCCAAGAAGGACUUGCACCACGGCAAGGGCGUUCAGAUGCCUGGCUGGCUGUCCUAUAGCCUGCAUUUUGGGGGCAAGAGCCAUGUUAUCCACAUGAGGCACAAGAAACUCUUUUGGUCCAGACAUUUGCUGAUGAUGACUCAGGAUGAUCAGGGAGCCUUGCAGAUGGACUACCCCUUCAUCCCUCCAGACUGUUACUACCUCGGCUACCUGGAGGAGAUUCCUCUUUCCAUGGUCACUAUGGACACGUGCUAUGGGGGCCUUGAAGGUAUCAUGAAGUUGGAUGACCUUGCCUAUGAAAUCAGACCUCUCAGCGAUUCCCAACGGUUUGAACACGUUGUUUCUCAGAUAGUGGCAGACACCAAUGCAAUGGGACCUACUUAUAACCUGGGAUAUAAGGAGGAUAGGAACCCCCUGUUCUCUCAAGCAAAUAUCAGUGCAGCCCCCAGGAUCUCUAGUAAGUUGUAUUCAUCCCAUCAUGGAAUUUUGAAAGGACUUGUUCUCGGUUCCAAAACAAUGUAUAGUGUGUUCAACAACGUGUCAAAAUGUGCCCGAUUUCUCAUAAGGCUUGUUAGUUUGACUGACUCCAUGCUUCAAGGUAUUGAUGUAAGGCACUAUAUUUCCUCCAUGGUCAUUUAUAAUCUGGAAGACCCAGUUGUCUUGAACAAUUUUCAGGUGCCAGGGAGUCCGAUUCAUAUCUACUUUCAAAGACACUUGUUUGUUGCUUUUAAACCACAUACAGCUUUACUUAUGAACAAAGAUGCGCCACAUGAACUUCAGUUUCAGCCAGCCACAUAUGCGGUAUGCAGAUCAAAAUCCAUCAUCUCGCUUGCUUCUCUAGGCAGACAUUUUUUAUUGUUGUCUGUGUUAGUAGCCCAAAAAAUUGUAUCUAUUGGUAUUUUUUAUGACAAUAAGUUUUGUGCAUGCCAGAGGAGGUCUACCUGCAUUAUGAAUCAAUACCCUAUUAUGACAGAUUCUUUCAGUAACUGUUCCCUCAUUCAUAUGCAGCAUGUAGUGGUGAAUAAUUUUUGUGAGUGCAUAUUUGACUCAGGACUUUCCUAUUUCAAUAAAAGCCUGACUCACGAUCGUUGUGGAAACGAUGUAGUGGAGCCAGGUGAGCAGUGUGACUGUGGCUCCUUCAAGCAGUGCUACAACGAUCCCUGCUGUACGAGUGAUUGUAUGCUAACCCCUGGCAGCAAAUGGAAUACAGGCAGAUGCUGUACAAACUGCACCUAUUCCGAUGCUGGGACACUCUGCAGGCCAAUCCAAAAUAUAUGUGAUCUUCCAGAAUACUGCCGUGGGGUGUCCGUGGAGUGCCCUGAUGACUUCUAUAUGCAAGAUGGAACCCCGUGCACUGAAGAGGGCUGCUGCUAUCAUGGAAACUGCACUGACCGCACUAUGCACUGCCAAGAAAUCUUUGGCAGAAAUGCUGGGAAGGCUGAAAAUGUCUGCUAUACCAUAAAUCAAAAAGGCAGCCGAUAUGGACACUGCAGAAGAGACCCAGGGGUAUUCAAACCUAAACCCUGUUCCCCCACAGACAUGCAGUGUGGAAGGCUGCAGCGUAGUAACGUCACCCAUCUCCCUCAGCUGCAAGAGCAUGUUGGAUUUCAUCAGUCUGAGAUCUCAGGGUUCUGGUGUUUUGGGCUGGAUUCGCAUCGUAGCACAGGAACAACCGAUAUUGGUCAUGUGAGAACCGGUACCCCCUGUGCUCCUGGAAAGUUCUGUCAGGAUACCUACUGCAAUGGCAGUGUGGCUCAGCUGAACUAUGACUGUAUCCCGGAGAAAUGCAGUCACAGAGGGAUAUGCAACAAUAACAGGAAUUGCCAUUGCCACGUAGGCUGGGAUCCUCCACGGUGCACUGAACGAGGCACUGGUGGGAGCACAGACAGUGGACCCCCUCCAAGAAGAAUGCGGUCAGUCAGGCAAAGUCGUGAAUCCGUGGUAUAUCUCAGAGUGAUCUUUGCUAGAAUCUAUGCCUUAAUUGCUGCAUUCCUCUUUGGUGUUGCCGGAAAUGUCAGAACUAUCAACAGACAGAAAGUUAGGGAAGAGACUGUUGAUCAAGACAAUGCAUAAUUCAGCCUCCAGACCCCUAAACAACUAUACACAAGCCACGUGGCUCAUUUGUGAAAAUACAGUAAUGAGGCGGCACAGCUAACAUCCACGUUUCCGGGCGUCUGCGGGAGACACAGGGGUCCACAGGCACAUCAUGGACCUGACACCAGGUCUCUGAUGCGUCACUGAGCAGAACUCUGAAAUAAAACUUGAAAACUGCA